AUGCACACCAAAAAUGCCCUCCAAAUUUUCUUUACCUCCCUACUUCUCUCAAUUCCAACUCUUUCACAAACAGUAGACGGCUCCGAGUACAACAAUUCCACAGCAGGACCGCCAUCUAGCGCUGCAGCGAAAGCAAGCCAAACAGCGAAAUAUGCUACCCAUCCUGUGAGCCGCAGUAGCGGUGCGACCAAGGUGACUAUCCACAGUGACUGGUCCAACUUUACCGAGGGUACGGCCUUUGUAUUGGUUGCUGAUAUGGAUGUUGACUGCGAUGGUAUUGACUACAGGUGCAAGAAAAAUCAAGAUGGACAACCACAGACCAAUUUCGGAGCAUUAGCUGCUUACGAAGUCCCUUGGAUCGUGAUCCCAGAUAAAUUCGGAACCCAGUAUCGAAGUGUCCUUCCGGGGAACAAUAUUGCUGCUGUUAUCUGUGAUGGAAAAAUGUUCUACGGGAUCUACGGUGACUCUGAUGGUGACGAUCCCGAAGUCAUCGGAGAGGUAUCCUGGUUGAUGACGCGAACAUGCUUUCCGAAUGAUAACCUCGAUGGUAGCAAUGGGCACACAGGGUUAGAUGUAGCCUAUAUUCUGUUUACCGGAAACAACACAGUGCUUCCAAGUAGUGCACUAAACAAGAACUAUAUCACUAACUUUACUACUUUACGCUCUAUGUGUGACAAGCUUAUUGGAGGUCGCAUGAAGAACUUGGGCAACACAUCUGCUCCUUCAACGACUCCUAGAACCGAAAGAUCUAGUAGCUCUUCUACUCCGUCAUGUUCUUGGGAAAGGCAUUGGGCAGGUCGGCUCAAAAUAGCUGGCAUUAUACUAUUUAUUUUCGGGAUGGCGCGUAUCAUAUAG